AUGCAGCGGAUGUGUGCGAUGGGUGCUGGCCGAAAAUGUGAUAGGCCGUGCGCAGAGAGUGAUGCAGGACUUUCCGGAGAGGUCUGCGUGGUGGUGCUUCGCUCGUGUGGCGUAGAUUCGGAAGGAGAUCGAAGGUUUGGACCGUCACGGCUGCUCCGAGCUGAAGGCUUUUUGAACGAGGAGGGGGGGGGGUACCUGCAAGGCACUCCGAUGCUUAAGUCAGUGGGAGUACUAGCAGAUAAUAGAGUUGAGGUUAGAAUUGAUCAUUACCUGACCCUCUGGAAGCAGAGGGUAUUUAUAGCCCCCAGCGCUGGGCCAAGGUUCCUUCACUGGGCCGGGCGGAUUUGGCCCAAUGGAGGAACUGCCAGGUCCUACGUGGGUAGUGGGGAUCAGCACGUGGUCCCCUCCCUGGAUGUGGUGCGUGAAGUGCGGGCGGACAGAGACGCGGUCUCUACGGAGUAUCGUUGGGGCAAUGGUGACUGA